AUGGCCUCGACUCUGGUAUCCGCGGUUCUGACGGCCGGCUUGUGGCUUCCACAGCUCGUCAGGUCCGCUCCGCUCUCAGCAACUGGCGACCCGUUUGCGGUGCUCGAUCCUCAGAAUUGGGUGAACCCGGACAACAUGACAUGGGAUGACUAUGUGCGCCCUCCAGGAACGAACUGGGGAGACGCCUCAAAGCGAGGCUCGAUCCGCAACUUCAACAUCGCCCUCGUCGCCGUGGACUACCCCGACAUGCCAUUUGUCAUCACCCAACCACCAGAGUCGACCGUAUUCAAGAAUCCGCAACCGGUUGUAUCAGCAAUUGAGCGCGACCAGGUCCCCGCUUUCUAUAGAGACCUCCUGAACACCCAAAACGAGCUCAACCGUGGUCAUACGCUACAUGAGUACUGGAUGGAGGACUCUUCUGGUCGGUACGGUGUGGACUUGACUGCAUUCGGUCCCUACAAGUUGCCCGCCAAAUCAUACCAAUACGGUGUCGACACGGGAGGCUUCAAUCCUGGAGCAUGUCCAACCGGCGAGCGGUGCUCAGUCAACAUUCGCACUGACGCCCUUGGUGCGUGGCGUAACGCAAUCGGCAGUGGAAACGCCAGCUCGUACGAAUUGGUCUUUAUCCUCUCAGCCGGCCAGGAUGAGUCAUCCACCUGGCAAGAAUUUGGAGAGAUGAUGUUUCAGACCAAGGAGGACGUUUCAGACGACUUUGGACCACCGGAUGUCAAUCUGACGAACUACGCAAAAACGAGAUACGUAGAGUGGACGUCAUGGGCUGCGGCCUCCACAAUUUGGCCCAACGCAGGGUCUGGCUCGUCAACACAGGCAGAAAGCUCCGGAAUGGGCACAUAUGCCCACGAGUUGAGUCAUCUGCUCGGUAUCGGCGACAACUAUGCAAACAGCUUUGUGGGACGGCGAGACUAUAUGGGCCCCUUCGCCAUGUUAAGCCGCGGAUCCUUCAAUGGCCCAGGAGGUCCGCACACUCGAUGGCACAUUCCAGCACAGAAUGGCGGGGCACUGGGAUCUCUCCAUACUGUCCGUGAAAAGACCCAGCUUGGACUCCUCAACGCCUCUGAGAUCCUUACUGUCUCUCGUGAACAACUUCCCUCACUUGGCCUCAUCGUCACCGAGCUCAUCGCGCGAUCCGUCCAGCCAGGGGACGAUCACCUCGUUAGUCUAAAGAUCUCGCUUGACAAGGACCUAUCGUCGUGCGACUACCAGAACGACCCGCUUUGCGACGGGGGAAAUUUCGAGGCGUAUGAAUUGGAGGUCAUUGACCGCAUGGGAGCGGACUCCUUCACCACAGAUUCGGGUGUCAUGAUCACCAAGACCAGACGGACUGGAACUCCCUUCCAAUGGAUCAUUGAUGCAAACCCUCAAGAUAUCGGACUGGUUGACUUCUAUCGUCCCGAUGGAAGUCCCGCGAUGGUCACAAUUGGCGACUACCGGCAGAUGUCUGACGCACUGUUUCAUGCAGGCACACGUUCAGGCAGCGAGUUCGAGUAUGUUGACGAGGCCAACCGCAUACACCUGUAUAUUCUCGAUGUUCGCCGUGACGAGUCAGGCGUCUUAUUCUACACGGUUGGUGCGCGAUCACUAGAUGGUGCCGGGCCAAUCAGCCCUGGUGUUGACCUUACAGAUGGCAUCGCUUCUGGAGCUUCUGCGCUCGCCCCUGGCCUAUCCUGUGCUUUCGAACUGACCAAUCCCGGAUCUUCCGCCGGGACCGACGGGCCUGACCAAGCACUGACAUCUGCUCUGCAGUCAGACAUCUACCGCUUAUCAGUUGCAGUCGAGGGCGAUGGGUGGCGUGCUGUGCUGCCGAAUGAGCUGGCUACUGCCCGCUUUGGGGAGCGGGUUGUGGUCAAUGUUGCUGUCGGUGCCGAGACCGGCGCUACUAGUGACGCUAUCGUGCAUUUGACUGUCAUUUCCGAAUCCGACUCAUCCGUAUCAGCAACAAAAGAUUGUAAGGUUCGGCUGUGA